UUUGUCCUGACGAGCAACAGGUCGAACCAAAACAAUCCGAUCACGAGUUGACAGGAGGAUUUCUCCCUGCGAAGAGACAGGCACCAACAUGAAGAUUUGCGGACCCAAAUUGUCCCUUUGUUGCACCAUUUUGAGUGUAUGGGCAAUCAUACAGCUUGGGUUGAUGGCCAUCUUCUUCUAUGUAAGAUCCCCUGCCUUCAUUGAGGACCUGAAGAUCGAUGAUGCUGAUCACCAUGACGCACAUAAAUUCCUGGAAGCUAUGGAUACUUCAUAUUCGACGAUUGCUGUCAACUGUGCAAUUUCUGCAGGGCUGUAUGUAGUGACUCUUGCCGUCUCUGGCUGGCAAAUGUGGGUGAACAAGAACAGUUAGAGAGAUCAUAUUUAGGAGAACAUCAGGGAAAUAUCUAUUGAUAUUGAGCAAGAGAAGAAACAUCUUGGUUAAUCCCUCUAUUUUUCUUUCACAUAUACCACAGAAAAUACUUUUAAAAUGUUAAUAGAUGUAUGAAUAUAUAUACUUUUUUUUGUUUGUUUGUUUUCAUUGGCAUCUCACAAAAAGGGACGUGUUUUUCUUUGUUUUCACAUUCCCAGAAGGUGAAGAGCUUGAUCCAAUUACACCAUGGGAGAAUGUUUGCAAUAGACUCUACAUUACCUACUGUUACCAUGCACAAAAGCCAGACCAUUAGUAUUAUAUACCAUAAGGAAGUAAGAAAAAACAUUGAGUAGAAGGAAAAUCAUAUGGCUGUAAAUGCUUUUUAUUAAAUAUAGUUGAAUAAAUUCUCUAAGUAAUCAAAGUUUAAAUAGCAGGUAACAGGUGAUUUUAAGAAGUAACAAGGAUGGUAAAGAUGGUACAUGUAUGAAAACAACUACCUUAAAAGAUAGUAGGAAUACUUCUUUUAAAAAUAUUAUUAAAUGUACAGGUAUGAAUCUGUUCUAAUUUGGUGAGUUGUAUAAGUGUAAAUUAUGUAUAUUUAUGUACAUUCCAGUGUGUAUUAGUUAGGCAGAGUCAAUAAUAAAACUAAAGAUAUUAAAAAA